CCUCCCUCGUUCACUUCACAGACAAGAAAGCGACAAAAUGUUGGAAGUAAUUUAUGUGACAAGGCAUGGCUUCCGUUCGAAUUGGGUCGUCGACGCCGAGACGGGCGUCUACUCAGGGUCCAUUCCUUCACCAACUGGAAUCGCCAGCGACCCUGCGCUGGCAGGAUAUGGAGUCACCCAAGCACGCGAACUCGCAGAUCAUCUUGUCACCGUCGAUCCUCCUAUAGAAGUCUUUUACUCUUCUCCGUUUUAUCGUUGCAUUCAAACCAUAUAUCCGACCAUCGAAAAGGCCGAGGCACUGAAACCUUCGGUGCCGAAACGCACCGUUCGCGGGGAUACAGGGGUGGGGGAGUGGUAUGGUACAGCACGAUUCGACCACCCUUCGCCAGCCACACCAGAAGUAUUAAACGGCCUAUUUCCUCUGUACGAUCUUGAAUACAAAUCAUCCAUUGUUCCUAGUGUGAACGGAGAGACAAUUGACGAGCUGCAUGACCGGACAGCCUAUGCUCUCCACAAGAUUAUUGAACAGAGUGACAAAGAUGGAGUUAAAGCAAUUAUAAUCUGCAGCCAUGCGGCGACGAUUUUAGCAAUUGGGCGAGCGUUGACAGGCAGAAUGCCCGAGGAUAUUUCAGAGCAAGACUUUAAACCAUUUACUUGCGGGUUGAGCAAGUUUGUGAGGAAGGCAGGGGAGUCUGUGAGCGGCGAGGUCAAUUUGUGGGAAGGCCCAGGCGCACAAAUACCGAACGUUUCUUGGAGAAACGGAAAUGGCGUUUCAGGCGGAUGGACAUGCGAAUUAAAUGGGGACUGCUCGUUCUUAAGUGGCGGCGAGGAGCGCGGGUGGCGUUUUUCGGGAGACGAAUCAUUUAUGACAACCACAACAAAUGGUGCUACGGUUGAUGCUGGAACUGGUCUAGGUGUGAUUGUUGAAGGAAAUAAGAAACCGGAUCGUCAGUCAUCGCCACCUGGAGGAUCGAGGCUUUGAGACCAAGCAUUUAAACCCUGAUGCCAAAUCAUGCUAUGCUCUAACGAGCUCAUGAUCAAGCAAUACGAUAACUAUUUCAUUGCUAAAGGGCUACCUGGUAAAAGUGCGGGACAGAGGAACGAUGGCAGUAGAAUGCUGUGCAAUGCCAUUUCUUAUGAGGGCCUUUCUAGAUACAGAUACAGUUGUUCUUGAUUCUAGUUUAAAAUGAAGCCGCCUCUAUAUGUAUAUAUUCUAUAUAGAUAUUAUCCUUGCACUCUAAAAGCCAGCAGCCUCUGUUGCCUUUGGAAACGAAGGG